AUGACCGUCUGCACGUUUUUCCAGCAGGGGCGCUGCAGAUUUGGGGACAAGUGCAAAUUCGAGCAUCCUGGCCGAAGCACAGCUGGUCCUUCCGGGAAUAGAUUCGGAGCUCUCUCUGGGUUUGGUGGAACAUCUGCGCCAAGCCAAUCCCAGAACAAGAAAUAUGCAGACGACUUCGGCGUCAGCGCAACUGAUAUCAAGCUUGACCUGACCGCGGGCAAGAACCGUCCACUCUGGAUCCUUUCCUCCUAUUCACCACAGCAGAAUGUUCCACGUCAGCUGUUCGGUGGUCCUGGGCGCGAGCAGAGUCCGGAAGAAUUGCGUGUGCGCCAUUAUGAAUUGGCAGCUGCGGGUAGCAUUGACCAGGCGGUCCAGGAAUCCCAGGCCCUCUGGCAAGAGUCUAUCAAACAGAUGGAAGUCGUCUUGGGUGAUCUCAAUGGCGCCGUGAAGUUCAUUAUUGAUGGAAAGAACGAGCAUCCUAACAGGCUCGAUAUCGUUGAGGGCAAGACAGGACCCGGUGCUACCCAAGCGCCUGGAACCCUCGGUGGUGCUCCCUCGGGAUUCGGACAACCAUCAACUUUGGGCCAGGCACCUGGUUUCGGUCAACCUUCAACCCUCGGCCAGUCUUCAGGUUUCGGGCAGCCCUCAACUCUGGGUCAGUCCUCUGGCUUCGGCCAACCAUCGAAUCUGGGACAAUCCGCUGGCUUCGGCCAACCCUCGACGCUAGGUCAAUCCUCUGGUUUCGGCCAAACCUCGACUCUAGGCCAAACGUCUGGUUUCGGACAGCUCUCAACUCUAGGUCAGUCAUCUGGCUUUGGGCAACCUUCAACUCUGGGUCAAUCGUCUGGCUUCGGACAGACCCCGAGUUUAGGCCAGUCAUCCGGGUUUGGACAGCCAUCCAACAUAGGUGGCUCUGGCUUCGGGCAGCCGUCGACCCUGGGAGGACAAUCCGGGUUUGGCAAACCAGGCUUCGGACAGCCCGCAGCUCCGGCAGCAAACCCUUUCGGCGCUCCAGCUUCCUCAUCCUCACCCUUUAGUCAAAUCUCCAACAAUCAACCCGCCCCAGGGGGCUUCGGACAGCCUGCUCCUACGAAUGCUCCCUCGCCAUUCACACAGACAGCUGCACAACAACCUGCAGCUCCUGCCUUCCCUCCUGCCUCCGGUGGAUUCGGGCAGCCACAACCGACGUCUGGAUUCCCACCACAACCCUCCGCACUCAAUCCAUUCGGGACCUCCUCCCAACCAGCAGCCAACCCAUUCGGCCAGCCCGCCGCACCACAAGGCGUCCCAGUGCAGCAUGCUGACGCUGGCCCUCGAGCGUUUCUCAAACUUGACGACCCGAACCAACUCAACCCACUCCCAGAACUACAAGGCGAGACAAGGCACGAUCCAUCAUCUAAACGCCUGACUAUGUGGAAGGGCCGUCCAGUGAAGUACGUCAACGACCACCCUUGUUAUUUGCACCCGCAAGACAACACGACGUUGGUCCGAGUCAAUUUCCCUAGUGGGCCGCCCGAUCCAGCAAGUCUGCGCGACUCUCAAGGCAAGCCAGAGGAAUACACCCCAGAGGUUGCCGAGGCAUAUGAAUUCUACCUCAACAACGGGUACUUCAAGGAUGCCAUUCCAUCAGUUCCCCCUAAGAGAGAGUGGAUCAGUUUUGAUUUUUGA